AUGCAGCGGCAAAAAGUGGAGAUUGGGUCACCCGAUGGGUCACCACAAGCCACCGCGAAUUUAGUAACCGUGCCGCAACGUCCUUCGUCACCGCGUCAGUUUUUCGAGCGGCUGUACGGGCAUUUGGAAACGCGCAGUUCGGAAAAUGGGGAAAACGACAUCGAUGUCGGCACCCACACCCACCACGCCCAUCAGCCGCCGCCCCCCUGCGAGACGCCCUAUCACAGCGACGGCGGAAGCGUUUCCUCGCCGGACAUUUCCAUCAGCGACGAACGCGCCUCGCUCGCCAGCUUUCCCGCCUACGAUUUCUACAGCCCGGCGAAGGAUUAUCCCCAGCAUUCCCAUCAGCACCAUAAUCUUCAUAAUCAACAGAAACUCAGCUAUGUGAGUCCUCCGCCGCUGGUCAAUCCCGGCGGAGCAGCGAAUCCCGGCCUGCCACAUGGAUUUCCAGCCGGUUUUCCAAGUGAUCCGCAUUUUAGCGCCGGGUUUACCGCAUUUCUGGCUCGAAGGCGUCGCAAGGAGGGAAGACAACGCCGCCAGAGGACCACUUUCAGUACGGAGCAGACCCUUCGCCUGGAGGUGGAGUUCCACCGAAACGAGUACAUCUCCAGGAGCCGGCGAUUCGAGUUGGCCGAAACACUUCGCCUAACCGAGACGCAAAUUAAGAUUUGGUUCCAGAAUCGAAGGGCCAAGGACAAGCGCAUAGAGAAGGCCCAGAUCGAUCAGCACUAUCGAAACUUUGUCGUGGCCAAUGGUUUUAUGAGCUCUAUAAUGGGUCAAGCGACCACGACCAUGCCCACCGGAGGCGUGGCAGGGGGCGUGGGCCUCGGUUACUAUGCCGCGGCAGCGACGCCGGCAGCGCUGCCCAAGGAUAACACGCAGGAUGCCAACUUUAUCGACAUCGAUGACCAGUACGAGCAGCAACAACAACAACGACGCCGAGAAACAACAACAUGCUAA